AUGAAGUGUUCAUUGGUAUACAGGAAGGAACAGUUGCUGCUUUUGCGGCAGUACUAUCAUUCAUCUGCAAUGAAGCUCAGAUCUUCUUGUGAGAUAGGAGAAAUUUUAACAGUUUUGGUAGCAGUUUCCACAUUAGUUGGCUCAGAAGAACAUGCCGACGAAUGGGAUCUUGACCGUCCUUGCCAGCCCUACAUCAAGGACUUUGCUAAGUUGGAAGCAGAAAUGGUAGAUUGUGCUGGACAGUUUUCUUCUCCUCCGAAGGUUUGUACAAACUGCGUUGAAAAAUACAUUGCUAUGAAGCAAAUGGAGUACGACCUGCACCACCUGGAUAAUGUUACUUCUUUGGAUGGUAGUCCUUGUUCUAAAGUAAUCUACUCAAAUUAUAUGGUGUCAUACACGCAUGUGGUUUCAUCGACAGUAGCAAAGAAAAUAUGGGAUGCUUCGCGGUGUCAUGCUUGUAUCAGUAUCGAUUGGGAUUUCAAGAAUGGGAACACGAGCUAUUCAUUUAUUCAAAACACCUUCGUUUUUCAAACAAAACUGUUGGCGUGGAGGUAUUGCAUUGCUAAUUACUCAGUAGAAGAAGGAUUUGAUUUUGCCACGAAUUAUUCUGCGGUUUGUAAGAACUGCCUCACUGUUUUUGAUGCGCUGUUUGACUAUUACUGGGACAGCUAUAUGAAACCUGAUUUGGACUUCUGUCUGGAUGUGGAAACAACGAUGAAUGAUUCAAUGAAUCUGUGGCACAACGUGUGGAAAUGCUCGGAAGACAAGGUGAAGGACAGAGAACAUGACUGGACCUUCGUGCUUUUCAGUUUUGCAUUGUUAACGUCAGUUACAUUCUUCUUUUACGUUGGCAGCUUUGUCCAGAGUGAGCGUGCUCAACGUCACCUUGUCCAGUGUAAGUUUAUUUAA